UGGGCGUCCCUAUACAGUCACAGAUUUCUUGUCCCUUUCUUUAAGACUGAGAGAAUUCAAGAUGGCCGCUCCAGGUGAAACCUUGUGAACAACCUCAGUCUGCAGUACAGUCAUUAAGGCUGGUCAUUGCUUACUGUUGGUUUUUUAUUGGGGUAUGAGCUUCUCGCCUGUUCCAUCAUCAUUAUGUCAUCUUCAUCCUCCUCUUCUUCCUCUGAGGAAGCCAGUCCUGGAGAUAUCCCUCGCGGAGGAGGAACUAUUCGUGUGUACCUGCCCAACAAGCAGCGCACUGUGGUUAAUGUGCGGCCUGGUCAGACUGUCCAUGACAGCUUGAACAAGGCACUGAAGGUUCGAGGACUGAACCAGGAAUGCUGUGCUGUUUUCAGACUGCUUGAAGGACGAAAGAAGUUGACGGACUGGAAGACUGAUGUUACUCCUCUGGUGGGAGAAGAACUUUUGGUUGAAGUGUUAGAUGAUGUUCCUUUGACCAUGCACAAUUUUGUGCGUAAAACAUUUUUCAAGUUGGCAUACUGCGAUUUCUGCCACAAGUUCCUUUUCCACGGGUUCAGAUGUCAAACGUGCGGCUAUAAGUUCCACCAGCACUGUAGCAGCAAAGUGCCAACAGUAUGUGUGGAUAUGGAAACAAUAUCCAAGACCUCUUCGCCCAAUCCAUAUCACCCUUCCAUUCCAAUUCUCCUGAUGCCAGAUAACUCUGUCGAGGGGAGGCAAACAGAUAUACCUUUCAUGACUCAACCUCAAGGGGUAUUGACAAUGUUGUUGUCUCCAGCCUCUGCUUUCCAGUUUCCUAUUCCAGGGAGUGAGAGCCAGUCUCUUCAAAGACACCGCUCAACUUCCACACCAAAUGUUCAUAUGAUUAGUACAGCUGGAGCUGUGGGGACUGGAAUCAUGGAGGAGGCAUUGAAGAACAACACCAUAGGUGUUGAGUCAUGGAGUCGGCCAUCAACCAGUCCACCUUCUCAUGGGUCUCCAGGGAAGAAGCAACCUCCACCUAAAUCACCUUCUGACCAUCCGAAAGAACAACGCAAGCAGUCAUCUUCUGAUGACAAAAAGAAAGUGCAUCGUGGUGGGUACAGAGACUCUAGCUACUACUGGGAAGUUCAGGCAGGAGAGGUCUCCAUUUUAAAACGCAUUGGGUCAGGUUCUUUUGGAACCGUUUAUAAGGGAAAGUGGCAUGGUGAUGUUGCAAUCAAGAUUCUUAAAGUUACAGAUCCCACCCCUGAGCAGCUCUUAGCAUUUAAGAAUGAAAUGCAAGUCCUCAGGAAGACACGGCAUGUGAAUAUUCUUCUUUUUAUGGGCUUCAUGACAAAGCCAAACUUUGCCAUCAUUACACAGUGGUGUGAAGGCAGCAGCCUUUAUCGUCAUCUUCAUGUUCUUGAUACCAAAUUUGAGAUUAUGAGGAGGAUUGAUGUCGCAAGGCAGACUGCUCAGGGCAUGGAUUAUUUGCACGCCAAGAACAUCAUUCAUCGAGAUCUGAAAUCAAACAACAUCUUCCUGCAUGAGGGCUGGACGGUAAAGAUUGGUGAUUUUGGACUGGCUACCGUCAAAUCACGAUGGAGUGGGUCUCAGCAAGUGGAACAGCCUAGUGGAUCUAUCCUCUGGAUGGCACCUGAAGUGAUUCGUAUGCAAGAUAGUAAUCCGUAUACAUUCCAGUCAGAUGUGUAUGGCUAUGGAGUUGUCCUGUUUGAGCUUAUGUCUGGAACACUGCCUUACUCUAACAUUAACAAUCGUGACCAGAUAAUCUUUAUGGUAGGACGGGGAUAUCUUUCUCCUGACCUCAGUAAAGUUUACAGCAAUUGCCCUAAAGCCAUGAAGAGGCUUAUCAUCGACUGCCUAAAAUUUAAACGUGAGGAAAGGCCUCUUUUCCCACAAAUACUUGCAGGGAUGGAACAUGUUCAAGACUCUCUCCCCAAAAUUGAACGCAGUGCUUCUGAGCCUUCCCUACAUCGUGCUGUGCACUCUGAGGAUCUUAACCCACUGCUGCUGAAUACAACUAGACUUUUGCCAUUGUAAGCAAAACCCCCAGUAGAAAGCACUUCUUCCUGGAAAGCCAGAGAUGGAUACAGGAACAUUUCAGGUAUUGGUGGCAUACUCUACGAGCCAGAUUGCCCCAUCACCUUCAAUAACUGCCGAGAGAGAACACAGACCUGGCCCCAACAGCUGCCAGGGACCAGAUAAACCAAUCUUUCACUCCUCAUUCUGGCUAAGCCAGUACAACAAACAGUUUGUAUACUCGUCAUGCUGCUUAUUUUGACCUGUGUGCUGCUACUGAGAGCAACUGAAGCACUCAACUACCCUUGUAUCAGAUUUACACAGACUGAAUAUGGAUUAUAUUGGUUUACACUGCAAUACCAUUUUGCUGGGCUAGUUUCAGUGUAACUGGUGGACCCCAAUAAAGACAUAGCAAUGGCUUUCUCCCAUGUACUUCACUAGAGCAGCCUAAUGUGAUUUUAAGCCACCUGCGGAUCUAUCCAGCACCUCUAGUGUCUGCUGAGAUAUGCCAGAUUACUCUAGUAAAAUCUAGUUGUGUACUGUAUGAAUAUGGAUUCUUGGUGGAACAGUUGUUGUUUUCCAUGUGAUUAAGACUGAAACAGUUACUUGACUAGAUUUGUUCAGUCAUGUACUGUCUGGUAGAAAUUAGCAGACUGAAAAAGUAUCUUGGUAGCCUUUCACAAUGAGAAGUUUCCUUAGGAUGCCCAGGUCAGUUUUUUGUUUUGCCCUCUGUAAUCCCACUUAUGAAGAAAACUUAAAAAUUAACUUUGACAAGAGUGCAGACAGAUUGUCUUCCUUAUAAAUCUGUUCAGUUCUUUUUUCAAGUUUGUGAACAUUCCUGAAUAUGGGCAGUAAGCCUUUCUCUGAAAACAAAGUUUUUAUUUUUAAUAAUUUUUAUUUAGCUACCCUGGACAGAAGGAAAGUAAAAUUGUGAUAGUCAAUAAAAAAA